AAACCCUUACAUAUAUUACUAACUCCAUCAUCGAUUUGGUCAAAUUCGACGCAUUUUACCCAUUCGAUUCCACCAAUUUCACCAAACCCUAACUGACUUUUUAGAUUCAUCCAAUCCCUCAAUUUCCCGAUCCACGAUUUCUUAAAUUUACAGGGUUUCUGGGGAUCUUUUGAUCUUGUAUAAUGGUGGUGGUUUCGAGUGGCUUCGCUAACUCUGUUGUUCUUCCUGAAUCCGAAUCCAGAAGCAUGAUGAUCAAUCUUUCUUCUUCGUCUUCUUCUUCUCAUACGUUUCUCCAUUGUAAUUCGUCUUCCUCUUCUUUGGCUUAUGUUCCUCCUCAGCUUCGGAUAGACUGUAAGCCGGUUGGUGUUAGGAGAUUGAUUUCUGAUACGGGAUUAGUUCGUGUAAACCCUAGAUGCGAGGUAACGUCGGAGCGAAACACCGACGUUGAAUCUCCAUCGCAAUUGAACUCAGCCAGUCUUUCUGCUCUUGAGGCGCUCAAGACAUCGGCUGCUGACAGAUAUACAAAGGAAAGGAGUAGCUUUAUCGUGGUUGGGCUUAGUUUUCAUACAGCACCAGUUGAUAUCCGUGAGAAGCUUUCCAUUCCUGAGGCACAAUUGCCUCAAGCAAUUAGUGAGCUAUGUGCCUUGAACCAUAUAGAAGAAGCUGCUGUUCUUAGUACUUGCAACAGGAUGGAGAUAUAUGUUGUGGCUCUCUCACAGCACCGUGGUGUUAAGGAAGUGACUGAAUGGAUGUCAAAGGUUAGUGGUGUUUCUGUUUCAGAGAUUUCUCGGCACCAAUUCUUGCUGCAUAACAGAGAUGCCACAAAACACCUGUUUGAAGUAUCUGCAGGCCUUGAUUCUCUUGUUCUAGGAGAAGGUCAAAUUCUUUCUCAGGUAAAGCAAGUUGUAAAAAUCUCACAAGGAGUCCCUGGGUUUGAUAGGAAGAUCAGCGGGCUGUUCAAGCAUGCAAUUACAGUAGGGAAGCGGGUCAGAACCGAGACCAAAAUCUCUUCUGGAUCAGUAUCUGUCAGUUCAGCUGCUGUAGAACUUGCACAAAUGAAGAUUCCACAAUCUUCAUAUGAUUCCGUGAGAGUAUUGGUGGUUGGAGCUGGCAAGAUGGGAAAACUAGUGAUUAAACAUUUGAUUUCCAAAGGGUGCAGAAAGAUGGUGGUUGUGAAUAGAACAGAGGAUAAAGUCGCCAUAAUCCGUGAGGAGUAUACGGAUAUUGAGAUUGUUUAUCAACCUUUCUCAGAGUUGAUAUCUUGUGCUUCGGGAUCUGAUGUUAUUUUCACCUGCACGGCUUCUGAAACACCCUUAUUCUUGAAAGAGCAAGUCGAGGCACUUCCUCGUUUGAGUUCACAAAGGAUGUUCAUAGAUAUAUCAGUUCCAAGAAACGUGGAAUCAUCUGUCGCGGACCUUGAGACGGCUCGUGUCUAUAACGUGGAUGACCUCAAGGAAGUUGUGGAAGCUAACAAAGAAGACCGCCUACGAAAAGCAUCAGAAGCCCAAUUGAUCAUAUCAGAAGAAGUCCAAGAAUUUGAAGCUUGGAAAGAUUCGUUAGAAACCGUGCCAACUCUCAAGAAACUCAGGGCAUACGCCGAAAGAAUCAGGGAGAGUGAAUUUGAAAAAUGCAUGGGAAGAAUGGGUAAUGAUUUAUCAAAGAAGCAAAAGGGAGCUAUUUAUGGUCUUAGUAAAGGUAUAGUAAACAAACUUCUUGAGGGUCCAAUGCAGCACCUAAGAUGCGAUGAGACCGAAGGUCGAUCAUUGGAAGAGAUUCUUGAGAAUAUGCAUGCAUUAAACAGGAUCUUUGGACUCGAGACUGAAAUCUCCAUCUUAGAAGAAAAGAUUCGAUCGAAGAUGGAAAAGUCUAAAAAGUAAGAAUUCUUUUGUUGAUAUUUGAGUUUGUUGAUUUGAGCAGGUGGUUGUGAAUUUGAGUGGCUAAUCACUUGAGGAUGCAUUGGCUUUUUGAAAUCUAUGGAUACCAGCAGCAGCAGGGAACAAUUGGGAAAGAGGGUAAUAGGUUUUUCUUUUCAAUUGAGAAAUUGUGUUAUUGGUAACUGAAUGGGUUCAGGAUUACUUGUAGCCACAUACUGAUUUAUACAAUAAUGCCCAAUUUGGGAUUUCUUGAGGAUCAAAA